CAUUCAUAGCACUGCAAACUGCACAGGGUAGUGGUGCACGCAUUGCACUUGCAGGUAGCAGGCUAGCAGGUAGAGACUGCACUGUGACAAGUGUGUCGGUUUCAACCAUUUUUUUUAGUUCAAUGUACCUGCGGGCCGGCACCCACUGAUUCCCAGAGCUAGCUAACUCGCCGGUUGGCGGCACAACGUAAACGAUAAUAAUAUUGUGGUUGUUGUCGUUAUCGAAUUGAGUGAAGAGUGUAUUGCGAAUGCCAGCUCUAUUGCCGUAUUGGGUACGCCGGGCCGCGGUUGUCGCGAGUCUGGGUAUUGAAUAAAUACCAAACGAAAUAAAGAAUAAUAAUUUUGGUGUCCUAAUUUUGCUUCUCACUCGUGGUAGUUUUCGGCUCGUCUAAAUAUAAUUCCUACACAAGUUCGGUAUUCGGCUGCAAGCGUGAGUUUCAACCACAAUCUAAAAGUCCUUCUGUUCUUGAACAUACCUACUUCGGAAAUUAUUGUUAUUGAGCCAGCAAGAGGCUUUUACAGCAAGUUUGGAACCCGGCUUGGGGGCAGUUGACCAAUAUGUCUGGGUCAGUGAGGUUGCUGCAAAUCCACAAACCUCUACAGCGAUCAUGGCACUUCCGCCUAUCAAGUUCUUCUGCAACCGCACCUCCAACACAGGGGGUUCCAUACACUAAACUCAGCAUAGGAGUACCAAAAGAGAUUUGGGAUAAUGAAAGAAGAGUGGCUGUAGUACCUGCAGUAGUUAGUAAAUUAGUAAAAAAAGGCUUUAGUGUCAAUAUUGAGGAGAAUGCAGGAGCUUUAGCAAAUUUUCCGAAUAAGACAUAUGAAGAGGCGGGUGCCAAAAUAACCAGCUUACAGGCCACAUUCCAGUCUGAUAUCAUUUUAAAAGUCCGUCCAUUAGUUGAUCCAGAGGUGCAGAAUGUGAGGGCAGAAGGGACACUGAUUUCAUUUUUAUAUCCUGCACAAAAUCAGGAGCUGAUAAAAAAGCUUGCUGCCAAAAAUGUAAAUGCAUUUGCAAUGGACUGCGUGCCUCGUAUUAGUCGCGCCCAAGCUUUUGACGCUCUCAGCUCUAUGGCAAACGUAGCUGGAUAUCGCGCUGUGAUUGAGGCUGCUGCCCACUUCCCAAGAUUCUUUUCUGGUCAGAUGACGGCAGCGGGUCGCGUGCCGCCGUGCCGCGUGCUGGUGGUGGGCGGCGGCGUGGCGGGGCUGGCGGCGGCCGCGCAGGCGCGCUGCAUGGGCGCCGCCGUGCGCGCCUUCGACACGCGCCCCGCCGUGCGCGAGCAGAUCGAGAGCCUUGGCGCACAGUUCAUCACCAUGGACAUGAAGGAGGAAGGCGCCGGAGUAGGUGGGUAUGCCAAGGAGAUGAGUCAGGAGUUUCUUGACGCCGAGAGGGCUCUCCUAGGGAAGGAAGCCAGGACUUCUGAUGUGGUCAUCAGCACUGCGCUUAUUCCUGGCAAACCAGCACCUGUCCUUAUCCUUGAGGAUGCGGUCCGUGAUAUGGCACCAGGCAGUGUCAUAGUAGAUUUGGCAGCAGAGAUGGGUGGCAACGUUCAGACCACGAAGAAGGGCGAGAUCGUCAAAGUGCAUGGAGUGACACACAUCGGCCUCACUGACAUGCCCAGUCGUAUGCCAGCACACGCCUCCACGCUAUAUGCGAAUAACAUCUCUGGAUUCCUGUUUAGCUUAGGUACCAAUGACCAUUUCCACAUCAACUUGGAAGAUGAAGUGACUCGGGGCGCCAUAGUGCUCAAGGCUGGAGAGCUCCUCUGGCCACCGCCCCCUCCUCCAAGCAUGGCGUCAGUUCAGGCAGCCAGCACUGCCCCCGCGGCCGUCGCUAAGCCUGAACCUCCCAACCCGUUCAAUGACACUUUGAAAGACGCUUUCUUAUACUCUACAGGAUUGGCCGGCCUCAUUGGUCUGGGAAUAGCGUCGCCGAAUCCGGCUUUCACCACAAUGACAACUACACUCGCUCUAUCAGGCGUGGUAGGCUACCACACAGUAUGGGGCGUGGUGCCGGCUCUGCACUCGCCGCUCAUGUCCGUCACCAACGCCGUGUCGGGCAUCACAGCCGUCGGCGGCCUGCUGCUGAUGGGCGGCGGGUAUGUGCCCGAGACGCCUGUACAGUGGCUGGCCAGCACAGCGGCGCUCAUAUCAUUCGUCAACGUGUUCGGCGGUUUCCUCGUCACGCAGCGAAUGUUGGACAUGUUCAAAAGGCCAACUGACCCGCCAGAAUACGGUUACCUGUAUGGAAUUCCCGCCGCAGCGCUGCUAGGCGGCUACAUUACCACGGCUAUGCAGGGUUACCCCGAAGUCCACCAGAUGGCUUACCUGGCAUCAUCUCUAUGCUGCGUCGGAGCGCUCGCCGGACUUAGCUCCCAAACCACAGCUCGCAAAGGAAACUACCUAGGAAUGAUUGGUGUAUCGGGAGGCAUAGCCGCGACGUUGGGCAUGCUUACUCCAAGUCACCCAGUGUUGGCACAAAUGUUGGGCGUGGCUGGUAUUGGCGGUCUUAUUGGCAGCACCAUUGCCAAGAAGAUUGAAAUCACUGACCUGCCGCAACUUGUGGCUGGAUUCCACAGUCUUGUCGGCAUGGCAGCAGUGCUAACUUGCCUCGCCACAUACAUGCAUGACUUCCCUGCGAUGGCGAUGGACCCUACAGCAGCCACUCUGAAGACUUCUCUCUUCCUCGGCACCUACAUCGGUGGUAUUACAUUCACCGGUUCACUAGUAGCGUACGGCAAACUACAAGGGUCGCUGUCGUCAGCACCGCUGCUGCUACCAGGCCGUCACGCCAUCAACGCGGGGCUGCUGGCGGGCUCGCUGGGCUGCGGCGGCGCGCUGCUGGCCUUCCCCGACGUGCCCGGUCUGCCGCUGCUGUCCGCUGCUGCUGUACUCAGUGGCAUUCAGGGACUGACCCUCACAGCUGCUAUUGGAGGUGCGGACAUGCCCGUCGUGAUAACGGUACUAAACAGCUACUCCGGCUGGGCGCUAUGUGCUGAAGGGUUCAUGUUGAACAACUCGCUCAUGACCAUCGUCGGCGCUCUCAUCGGCAGCUCCGGUGCUAUCCUGUCCUACAUUAUGUGCAAGGCCAUGAACAGGUCUCUACCGAACGUAAUUUUGGGAGGAUACGGCGUGACUAGCAGCGGGUCGGCGCGACCGGCCGGCGCCACGCACACUGAAGUCAAUGUGGACUCCGCCGCAGACCUCAUUCAUCGUGCCUCCAAUAUUAUUAUUACUCCCGGAUACGGUCUAUGUGUAGCGAAGGCCCAAUACCCUAUUGCUGAGCUAGUCGAUAUUCUCAAAGGAAUUGGAAAGAAAGUGCGUUUCGCUAUUCACCCAGUUGCAGGUCGUAUGCCUGGACAGUUGAACGUCUUGCUCGCGGAAGCCGGCGUACCUUACGAUGACGUAUUCGAAAUGGAGGAAAUCAACGAUGAAUUCCCUGAAACUGAUCUCGUGUUGGUUAUUGGUGCCAACGACACAGUAAACAGUGCUGCGGAAACCGACCCCCAGUCACCCAUCGCAGGCAUGCCUGUACUUAAAGUUUGGAAAGCGAAUCAGGUGGUAGUAAUGAAGCGAUCAAUGGGCGUGGGCUACGCGGCCGUGGACAACCCUAUCUUCUACAACAACAACACAGCUAUGCUGCUCGGAGACGCCAAGAAGACUUGCGAUGCACUCCUCGACCGUAUCAAACAUCUCACCAGUUAAGUUGUAGCUAGACUAUAAUUUAUUGUACCAAAUAUCUGUACUUAUGCAGCUGCUCACAAGAGAAGUUACUGCCUAAUUAGAGAUAUUUUUAGUUCAAAUAUUUUAUCUCGCUGCCAGUCUUAUUUUGAGAGACUUUGUUUUAUUUUAACACAUCACACCAACCACUGAAUGGUCAGUGUUUUUGCAAAAAAUUUGACACUCCAUUUGCUAAGUUCUUUGUUAUGGAAGAAUUUUAGGGAGAUCUGUUAUUACUGAUCGUAAAAUAUAUCGUACUAACAUCACAAGUUUUCCAUAAUCACAUGCAGUCUAUGAACACUACGGUUGGUUGAGGAGCUGCAUUUAUUUCACCGAUAUAUUCCUUUUAUGAAUGAACACUAACUGUCUAGAAAGCAUGUUAUUAUGUGUUAUUUUCUAUGCUCAUUAUCAAGACUGUAAAAUUAUGACGCCGUUCUUAAAACAAAAUUACCCUUAUAUCUAUAAAGGAGUACAACGAUUUAUGUAGGAGUUAAAAGUGUAUAUUUUACGUGUAUAAGUCGUUUUUAUUGACUCGAAAAACAAUGCAAAAUGUACUUGAAAGUCACUUUAUUGUGUUCUUUGCAAUCCAGUGUCAUAAUAUAUUUACUACUUUUGCGACUGAAUAGUUAUAACGAGGCGGGACCUUUUCGCCUGAAUGUCGAUGCCUUUGCUAAUAUUAAGAAACAAAUGUGCCUUUAAUGUUCUUAAAUUCAAGUAUCUCUUAACAGCUAGUCUAUAAGCUUUUAUGAAAUUACUAUUUUAAUAAUAUUUUUUAAUAAAAUUGCAUUUGAAAUUUUUUAUAUUGUGUAAAUAUAUUCAUAUUUGAAUUAUACUAUGUUGAAACAAUUGAGAUUUUUAUAUACCUCUGUAUUUAAUGUUUGUUUUUAACUACAAACAUAGAUGUGAGAUUAUCCUAUGGGUAACAGAUUUUAUUGGACCAUCUUAUAUUGUGUUGGAUUUAAUUUCAUGUUUCUUAUGUCAACCAUGAUUUAGUACUAUAUGAACAAUAUCAUUCCAACAGAAUAAUUAUAGUAUGUUCUUACAUAUAAGUACUUAGUUCACGACGCUAGAUCAUUGGGUGUAAGCUGCAUUUUAUCAAAAUCAAACAUUGGUUCAGUAUACGAAAUUAUGUUGGUUAGGUUUGCAAUAACUGUGGAAUGUUAUUUGCUAUGAUUAUAUUGUAUCUUUUAAAAAUAAAGAAUGACCUGAAAAUA